GCAGAGACAUCCCUGGUUCGCCGCGAAAGCUGGUCAGCAGGCUGACGCAGAUAGCGACUGCCAUCCCAAGUGUGCGUGGGAUUGUGGUGAACCUGAGUGUAGCAAGUCUUGUAAGGCUGUGUGUCAGCCGCCAAAGUGCUUCACUGCAUGCAACAAGCCACAAGAGCAGGACUGCCGACACGUUUGCAAGGAUCCGAAAUGCGCAGUGGUGUGCCCAGCGCAGAACUGUGAAUCGGAGCAUUGUCCCCCGCCGGACUGCGAAACCGUCUGUGGAGAGCCGGUGUGUCAUUUAGAAUGCGGUCAGAGCCACGGGGUGCGAGACCACUUGUGA